AUGGAAUGGUAUAUCGUAUUUCUUUUUCUUACUGGACAUUUCUCCAUGACACAAGCUGCUUGUUUUCUACCGAUUAAAUUCUAUAUUGAUUGUGGAGUAAUAAGAACAGCUAGUAGUGCAUAUCAGCUUUGUCAAAGUCAUCAAAUGACUGUUUUAAAUUUAACUAAUGGAACAGCAUCAUUAAUAAGUGAUAUUGCUGUACUUAAUACUACGCUUAAAGCACAAAAUUGUAAUGGAAAUUUUUGGUAUUCAUCUGGUUCUCAGACAGCUUUAGCUGGUGAUGCCGAUGGUCUUAGUGGCUUGCUUAACGGUCUUACAAAUCUACUAGGUGCUGUUUUAUGUAUUAUACCAUUGAUAUGUCCAGCAACAACA